CUCUCGUUGAAGGAAGGAGUUUUUGACGAAAGCUUUAUCCUUUCUGCUUUGCUCUUCCUAUCUCCGUUGCCACCCCGUAGAUUGCGCAUGUAUUGUUUUUUUAUCGAUAAUUUUGAUUAUUAUUCCAAGGUUUCGGAGAAUUAAGUUAUAAUUUAUUAUAUUCAUGUGAGCUUUCCGUUUGUACUUUUCCGUAAAUUUUCUACUCGAGUGUCCGAGCUCGUGAUGAGCGAAAACUAAAUCGGAAGUGCCCAGUGACAACUACAGACAAGUUUUUCAGCAGCUAAAUUUCUUAUUUCUGGGGGAAUCUGGUAGACUCGACACAUCUUGGCAAGACUGGUCGUCACAAUGGUGGACCGACUUGUGAACAGCGAGGCGAACGCUCGGCGCAUCGCGCUGGUAGAGUCGUGUUUCGGGGCGUCGGGGCAGCCGCUGGCAGUACCCGGCCGAGUGCUGGUGGGCGAGGGCGUCCUUACCAAAAUGUGUCGCAAGAAACCCAAGCCGCGACAAGUUUUCCUCUUCAAUGACAUCCUCGUCUACGGCAACAUCGUCAUGAGCAAGAAGAAGUACAACCAGCAGCACAUCAUUCCACUGGAAGAAGUUCAGCUGUCAUCUCUAGACGACAAUGGCCAGCACCGCAACGGUUGGCUCAUCAAGACUCCUACGAAGUCCUUCGCUGUGUACGCCGCCACCGCCACCGAGAAGACCGAGUGGAUGGCACACAUCAACAAGUGUGUGCAGGACCUGCUCAACAAAAGUGGCAAGAAGGCCGCUGACACUCACGCUGCCGUCUGGGUCCCUGACGACGCUGCCACCACAUGUCAGCACUGUCAGCGCGUCCAGUUCAACGUCAUCCAGCGCCGCCACCACUGCCGGAAGUGUGGUCGUGUGGUGUGUGGUGCGUGCAGCAGCAAGAAGAUCCUACUGCCGCACCAGAGCAGCAAGCCGCUGCGCUGCUGCCUCGCCUGCUACGACGAGGUCAGCGCCGCGUCUAAAGCUGGACUCGGCGACAACAGGCCUGCUGGCGACGCCCGCGACAUGGCAGUGAACGACAACUCCAGCGACGACGACUCGGACGACGAAGGAAACCCUGGCGAUGAUGCCGCGCAGCCUCCCAUGCUCACGCAAACUAUGAAGUUCUACGAGCGCGGCGACGCGGCGACCAACGCGAACGCUGAGGUCGGCGCUCCCGCUGCGCCUGAAGACGAUGCGGCCGUCAUCGACAAGCUCGUCUAACUGCGAUAACCUCGUCGCCAGAUCUUCCAUUGUCUUCUUAAAAAUAUAUUCCUUAAUAUUACGUUACAAAUACUUGCUGCUGUAGGUGCCUAGCUCUUCCAGUUAAUGCUCGGUCUGUGAAGUUGCUGCGACGCACCUGCUUGGUGACGUCUUAACAUUGGCUACGCGUGCCUGAAUCAUUUAUAAUUCAGUACCAUAUCGAUGGUUUUUGUUUCCUCUUUAAUUACUACAUAGAAAAUAAUCUUUUUUACAGAAAAAUAUUCUCUGGAGAAAUUUUUAAUGUUUAUUUGAGGAAUUAUCUGGUGUGUAAAACCCGAUCAUUGAGAUCCGAUUGACGUAGCGGCCCCCUGCACGACGGAUGGUCCUGUUAUAGGAGGAUGUCACUACUUAGGAAUUUUUGUCUGCUUGUUGGUAGCCUGUUCGAUGGGGCGGUCCUGCUUGCAUUUCGAGGCAGAUGAUAUGAACAUUUGUUAACCGCAGCCAAUCAAAGUGGGCUUAUCUUGAUGAGCGCCCAUUUGCUCUUGUGCCUUUACAGACUGCAAGUUUGUUUUUAUUUGGCCCUAUGGUUGGUUAAUAAUUACUUUAGGAAUUUUCUUUUGCUUAUAUUCUGUCAAUGCUGGAAAUUAACUGUUUUAUUUACUGAACUUUGGUGCUGUAUUGCAUACAUUCUAAAUAUUGCAAAAAUUUUAUGCAGUAAUGCAUCAUAGAAAACUUUUUCACUGCAGUCUAGUGUUCGAUUUUAUCGUUGAGACACGAGUAAGUUUUCAUUGUUCCAACUCUAGCAUUUGUUGUUGAUGCACUCAAGCAACGAAGCCAUUAAGUUUUAUUGUGUCUACAGUCUUUACUGAUGUGCUUGCAUGCUUUUUUACAUGGAAACAUGAUAGAAAUUACUUAGAUGUACAUUUUUAUGGGGUGCGGGAACUCGAGUUUUUUUGCGGAAACUUGAGACUUCUUCACAUGUUUCGAGAGAACAUAUAUAACAUAUCAUAAAAGUUCUCUCCUGCGAGAACAUAUCAGAAAAUGAUACGAUUUAUGGGUACGUUCUUAGAGACGUGAUGCAAACCUCAGAGAAGUUGAACGGUUGCGUAAGAAAAUGUCUGUGGCUCGCUCAACUGUUUGGUACGGAAAAGAAUAUUGUGAGAAGGUAUAAAACUCUUAACUUCGCUCCUCAACCAUGAAUAUUUUUGUUUAAAGCAAAUCUUGAUGCUUUGGUUUUUUCUUUUAUGUAACUUUUUGCCAAUGAAAUGUUUAUUCCGCGAGUCGAUUUGAAAACGGUUUUAUAUUCUGGCCCCUGACGUUAAUUAAGUUUAUAACCUCAAUUCUUUCUCAAUAUGGUAAAUGUAAUGUAUGGGGAAAUACGGAAGUCAGCCGAUCAUGUUGGCUGCUUCCACACUUCAUGGUUUAAUUACUGAACUCUCAUUGCAGCGAAGUUCUUGAGUUAAAUUUGCAAAAGCUAUUCACAUCUUGUCUCAUCCCAACAUUUUAUUCGACGCGCUGUCACUGGAAAUUCUUCGAUUCUAGGUAUGCCAUCAUUUGGGGCGGUGUGAGCGUGAAUGGCUGUAAAUAUUACUAAUAUGUGUUGAAAUUUGCUAAUCUUGCGCUAUGCUUUUCUCUAUUGACAGUUAUUCUCAAUUAUAAGAGUUGAAUGGGUCGUUGUGACCCUUGUUACUUAUUAAGCGAUAAUCUUAUCGAUGCGCCGUCUCGUCCAAUGAGUGCCUUGCAGUAUCCGUGACUGGGCGCUGCUGCCUCACGUAGCUUUAGAAAAUAGUUCUAAGUGAAUAAUUCCUCCAUUUGUGGGCUUGUCUACAAUUGAACUUACCCACAAGAGCCCAAUUUAUGUUGUCGCCCAUUACAUUUAUGGUAUCAGUGAAUGAUUUAUCCAGAGUCUUAAUGCAUGUUUUAAUUGAGAUUCAAGUAGUAUCUUAGCCUUCUUAGGCUUGGGAAAAUGUCAGUUGUAUAUGCAAAGGUCAAGCAGUAUCUGCAAUGUAUCGGAUUUUGAUAGAUUGUUAACGUGAGCUCAGAAUAUAGUAACGGUGGUAAAUACGUUCCACGUGAUCUUGCUACGUGGAUCGUGUGUCGCCCAUUAAUUGAAAUGCCGUCCGCGUGAAUAAUUAACUGCCUUUUCUCCGAACUAUUCUGCUCGAUAGUUGGAAUUAUUCUCAAGAUUUGAUUGAUAUCCCGAGCUUAUCAAGUUUACAUUACACGACAGUAGGAAGAGGUCCAAUCCAUUACUGAAUAAUAUGGCAAAGAAUGUUUGCUCAUCACUAAUUUGUUUUAAAACAUUCCCUCUAUUGGAUAUUAUAAAGCCAAACUUGUCUCUUGCCUCAUCACUUGUUGCGUUACUCCUGCAGUAUUGUGCGCUUGUGACCUGCAUGGCCGUAUGUGAUGCAAUGAAAACCAGUUCUCCGAUUGUGAUGAAUUUAAUAGGAAAAUUUCGUGAAUAAUUUUUAUUGUGUAGUGUUCGUCCAACAUACUUAUUCUGUAGCAUGCUAGGCAAUUUUAAGCCACAAAUGGACAUGUUUUCUCGUAAUUUGCAGUGCAUUCGGACAGAACGCUCCUUGAACCUUAACGUGUCUUGAUGUUUUCCCCCGAGAAGCGUUCCGUUUGUGAAAUUUUUAAUGAUACUGAGCUUUAGUUUUAUUAUUUAUCGCAUGGAAACAAAUAGAACCUGAUAAAAGCAGAGUUUAUAUCACCGUUAA